AUGGCGGGUGAAGUUGUUGUGGAUGCGUUGCCUUAUUUUGAUCAAGGCUAUGAUGAUCCAGGUGUUAAAGAAGCGGCUAUAGCGCUUGUAGAAGAAGAAACUCGGCGAUACCGGCCGACGAAAAAUUAUCUUGAUUACCUGCCCAAUCCAAACUACCAUGCUUUCGAAACUGAAAUCAUUAAGAAUGAAAUGGAAAGAGUCCAGGCACGUCUCCCAAUGGACAUGAUGAGUAUGAAAAGAUAUGAGCUUCCAACUCCUCCUGCUGGGAAAAUGACAGAUGUCACCGCCUGGCAGGAAUGUGUGGAUAACUCUCAGGCCCAACUGGAACAUCAGUCUUUGCGAAUCCUUAAUCUGGAACUGAUGUCUGAGUAUGGGGCCUCUGCUUGGCGGUCAUACAACUCAGUACUCACAAAUAUGAUUGAUCAGGCUCAAAAACAUUUGCAGGAUUUGCGCAAGAAGAUUCAGGAGAUAAACUGGCAACGAAAGACAGAACAGACCCAAGCCGGGGAGAAGCUGAGAGACCUUGAAACAAGCUGGGUUGGGCUUGUCAGCAAAAACUAUGAAAUUGAAAGAGCUUGUGCAGAAAUUGAAAAGGAGAUUACAGAAGCAGAACAGAAGCAGGCAAGAAAGGGAAGGAAAAGACCUCAUGAUGAUUCUUGA